AUGGCAUUUGAUGAUUUGCUGGAAAGUGGUCGUUCUCCAUGGGCCUUUCACGUGAACUGCUGCUUGCAAUUGUUGGCCUCUGGAUUGCGUUUGUCAGCCACCGAACCCUGGCUGGAAAAAAUCAACUCCUUCAAUGGAACCCGAGACCGGACUCAUAGUGGUCAUACUGUUGUGCCAGCAUUUGCUAUUUUAUUCGCUGACUUUGUUCCAUUUUCCCCUGUUUGCGUGCUUGUGAAUGCUGAUCCAUCUUUAUUUGAUGUCGUUGUGCUUGGGAUUUUCUGCCAUUCUCGUUCUUCCGAGGGCGCUGCUAUGGAGCUGAUCUUCUGUUAUGUGUUAUGGCAGGAACUUGGUUGCAGGUCAAAUGCUUGUUUCUUUGUUUUGCUUGCCUUUUCCCUCCUUCUGCCUGCAUUAGUUGCUGACUAUUUCUUGCCUCCUUCCUGGUCAUUCCUCAUCGUAUCUGGAAUGUUCUUCCUUAGUUAUCUUAGUGAAAUGGAUAAAAAUGCUCUGCGCCGAAAGCGCUAUGCCGAAAUGUCUCCAGAUGCCAAGGCUGCACUUUUGUCACGGAGACGUGAAGCCAGGCUUGUUAAGAAAAAAGAAAAAGACAAAUCCUCUCGAUCUUAUGUUCGUAGUGUACCGUUCGGACAUGUUGAAACUGGUGUUUGUUUCUCUGGAUCUGCUCCUGCUCCUGCUCAUAACGACCAGCUACCAGGCUGCCAUCAUGAAGUUGCUGAUGGUUGUCCUGCUGUGCUUCAGCAAUCGUUGGACUAUAUGUCUACCACUAUCCCUGCUCCACUCUGCCUAUCUAGUGGAACUUCUUCCUCUGCUGUUGUCCCACAUUUAGUUCAAUGUAGUUUAGUUUCUGAAGCACCUCUGAUGAGUCGUUCGGUUCACCGUAGAGAAGCUGCGGUAGAUAGUGGUACUGCAACGCUAAAAGAGCAGGCCUGUCUCUCCCCCCAUGUUUCGGCUACUGUUCAGCCUUCUCGUCCUUCUAGAAAACGUUCCACAGCCAAUUGUUCUCGGAAAAAGAAAAAGAACAAGCUCCUGCCUUUGCAUAGUCAAAAUGAAAAUGAACAAACCUGUCAUUUGCAUACUGAAAGUACAUAUGCCGUCUUAGGAUCUAUUGAUGAGUCAAAUCUUGGAUCCCUUCGUUCUUCUGCUCCUUCAUGCUUAGACGACUUAGGUGAGCAUGGAGUGUCUUCCUCAAUCACAGUCACUCCUGUGUCUUUUAGCCCUUCUCAGCCUACAGGCAACACAAAUGAGGCCAGCACAUCCUUUGCUCCUCCUGUUGGUUUUACAGCCAAUGCAACAAAUUGUUCAACCGUUAUAUUGCCAGCAAAGAGGCAAACAGGGACGCUUCCUAGACAACGUCGCUCAAAAAACUCUAGGAUUGAUGAAAUUCCUAAAGAAUCUUUAUUAUUGCCUGAUGCUCCUGAUUGUCAAUAUUGUGGAGCUAAAAGAUUCCAUUUGGAGCCCCCUAGCUUCUGCUGCUCUCAAGGAGAAAUUUCUAUUGUUGCUCCUCCUAUGCCUUACGCUCUAAAGCGUCUAUUUAUAGGAAAUGAUGAAGAAUCUGACCAUUUCAGAAAAUUAGCUCGUACUUACAACAACAACUUGUCUUUCACUUCAUUUGCUGCAAAGUAUGAUCCAGAAUUGACAAGAAAUACAAGAGGGGUAUAUACCUUUCGUGUCCAGGGACAAGUUUAUCAUUUUCUAAACAGCUUAUCACAGCCUGAUAAUAGAACUUGUGGAAUCCAUCUCUACUUUUUUGAUACUGAUGAGCAAUUAAUCAACCGAGUUGCUGCUUCUGACAAGCUUCGUGAGAGCACUUUAAAGCUUUUGAUGGACAUACUUUCUAAUAAUCCUUAUGCUAGAUUCUUUAAGGAUCUAAGGGAUAUUCCUGAUCUUGAAAAGCAUAAUAUUGUGCUUAAUUGCUUUCCUGGCCUUGACCAGCGUAUUUAUAAUCUUCCUUCUACUUCUCAAGUUGCUGCUAUAUGGACUGAAAAUGAUGAUGAAUCAGUAAAUAGGCAAGCACAUAUUCUCGUAUAUAGCCACUCAAAUACUGCUCACAAGGUCCAGCAUUAUUAUGCUUGUUAUGAUCCUUUGCAGUAUCCUCUCUUGUUUCCCCGUGGUGAAUCUGGUUGGCACCACGGAAUUAAGCGAGCCUAUAAAAGAAAGCGAACUGAACAUUCCUGUGAUGAAGAGGUUAUCAUUGAUCCCUCUUCUGUGCAGGAACCAUCUUACCUUAUCGAUUUAGAAAAGAGAGCUGCUGACCAUGCAAAAAAGGAUGAGCAUACUGUAUCAGCUAGAGAAUAUUACUGCUAUAGGUUCCAAAUCAGGAAGAAUGAUGAAUCCAUGCUAUUGCAUAGCCUUAGAUUGUUGCAGCAGUUUUCGGUUGAUUCCUAUGUCAAAAUUGAAACAUCGCGCCUGGAUUUCCAGCGUAAGAGGCAAAAUGAAAUUCGGACAGAAAUCCUUGAAGGAGUGCUAGAUAGUGUUUCCAUUGGUCAGACCGAAGGUUCAAAAGUUGGUCGAAAGGUUAUAUUGCCAGCAUCUUUUAUCGGUGGUCCAAGAGAUAUGAGGCGCAGAUAUCUUGAUGCAAUGGCAUUGGUACAAAAAUAUGGAAAGCCAGAUAUUUUCUUGACCAUGACAUGUAAUCCAAUGUGGAAAGAAAUUCAAGAUUGUCUGCAAUUUAAAGAGAGAGCUCAGGGUAGGCCAGACCUGUUGUCUAGAGUAUUUAGAGCAAAAUUUGAAAUGCUCAAGGCAGAACUUUUGGACAGAAAAAUUUUUGGAGAAGUUGCUGCAUGCGUUUAUGUUAUUGAAUUCCAAAAACGGGGCUUUCCUCAUGCACACUUAUUAUUAAUCUUGAAACCACAAUUCAAAUUGCUUAAUCCUGAGUCAUAUGAUAGAAUAGUUUCCGCUGAGCUCCCUGAUCCUAAGCAGUUUCCUCAUUUGUAUUCUCUUGUUCUUAAGCACAUGGUUCAUGGACCUUGCGGAGACAUGGCCAAGAAUAGCCCUUGUAUGAAAGGCGGUAGCUGUAAAAAUCAUUAUCCGAAAAAUUUCUGUGAACAUACAACUCAUGCUGAAGACAGCUAUCCAUACUAUAGGAGAAGAGAUGAUGGUAGCAAAAUAACUGUCCGCAGGUUUGAACUUGACAAUAGAUGGAUCAUUCCUUAUAAUCCAUAUCUUUUAGCCUUGCUUGAUUGUCACAUGAAUGUGGAAAUCUGUUCCACUUUGAAGUUGGUCAAAUACUUAUACAAGUAUAUCUUCAAAGGACAUGAUCUUAUCAGCUUCAAAAUUAUAUCUGAUGAUUCCCGUGCUGAUGUCGAUGAGAUUAGAGAAUUCCAGCAAGGAAGAUGGAUUUCACCCCCUGAAGCAUUUUGGCGCAUCUUUGAGUUUAGGCUAAACGAGAUGACUCCAGCUGUCUAUACUCUACAAGUUCACUUACCUGACCAGCAACUGAUUACUUUCAACAAGAACUCAGACCUUUUACAGCUGAUGAGGAAAAUUGACUUUUCAAAAACCAUGUUGACUGAGUUCUUCAAAAUGAACAAAGCAAAUGGAACGGCUAAAACCUUGAAGUGCUUUUAUAGAGAAUUUCCAGAGUAUUUUGUUUGGUCUUUUAAAUUUAAAACUUGGACUGAGAGAAAGCGUAAGAGAGCCAUUGGAAGGCUGGUCACCGUCAGCCCUCAUGAAGGAGAGAGAUAUUACCUUAGACUCCUGCUAACUCAUGUUCGAGCUCCUACGUCAUUUGAUGACCUCUUGAAUGUUGAUGGCAAAAAAAUGAAUUGCUUUAGAGAUGCUGCUUUGGGCCUUGGUCUUUUACAGUCUGACACAUAUAUACAAGAAACUCUUGAAGAAGCAGUUCUUUUUCAAAUGCCAUCCUCUUUGAGGCUGCUAUUUGCUACUAUUCUUGUUCAUUGUUCUCCAGCAGAUCCUGCAUUUCUUUGGAACAAAUUCCAGCUUGAUCUUUCUGCGGAUUACCACCGAUCUCAACAUCUCUGUUUUAAUACACCUGAAGAAAUAAGCAAUAAGGUCCUGCAAGAAAUUAAAAAAAUUGUCGAACAAAUGGGUAAGAGUUUUGCUGACUACCAUCUAGCUGCAGACACUUCAGUAGAUGUUCACUAUGAACAGCUAACAAAGGAAAUUGAAUGUGAAAAAAAUAUUGAAGUUCCAGCAGAAGAUCUAAUGAUGCCUUUCAAAUUAAAUGCUGAACAGCGGCAUGCCUAUGAUUUAAUUCUGCAGUCAGUUUUCUGUCCUGUUGGCCAGAGUUUUUUUAUUGAUGGCCCUGGGGGAACCGGUAAGACCUUCUUAUAUAGGUCUCUUCUAGCUACUUUAAGAUCCCAAGGCUACAUUGCUAUUGCAGUUGCAACGUCGGGUGUCGCAGCCUCUAUUCUUCCAGGAGGAAGAACAGCUCAUUCUAGAUUCAAAAUACCAUUAGAUUUUUCUAGAAAUAAAACCUGCCAGAUUAGUAAACAGGGCAGUGUUGCAAAAUUACUUUUUGAAUCAAAGUUAGUCUUGUGGGAUGAGGCUUCAAUGGCCAAGCGAGAAACUAUUGAAGCCUUUGAUGGUUUGCUUAGGGAUAUAAUGGACUGUGACCGUCCAUUUGGAGGAAAAGUAGUUGUUUUCGGUGGCGAUUUUCGCCAAACUUUGCCAGUUAUCAAACAAGCUACAAAGCAAGUUCUCAUACAAUCUAGUCUCCCUAACUCUCCUCUAUGGUCUCAGCUGGAAAAGCUGCAGUUGGUGCACAAUAUGCGAGCCAUUUUAGAUCCAGCAUUCUCAGACUUCUUAUUAAGAAUAGGAGAAGGAAGAGAAACUGUUGAUAGACAUGGCGAAAUAACUUUACCUUCUGACAUGGUCAUUCCUUAUAUUGAAAAAGAACAAUCUUUGAACAGGUUGGUCGAAUCUGUUUUUCCAGAUUUAAUGACCUAUUCAAAAAAUCCUUAUAGUAUGAUCAAUAGAUGUGUCCUUGCUCCAAAAAAUAGCUCCGUUGGUGAAAUAAAUGACAUGAUGAUCAAAAGAUUUCCUGGAAACCUUCAUGUGUACGUCAGUUCUGAUAGAACCGUUGAUCCCCGGCAUCAAGGAGACUAUCAAGAUUUCUUGAAUUCUCAAAAUCCAAAAGGCCUUCCUCCUCACAAGUUGCUACUCAAAGAAAAUUGUCCAAUCAUGCUUAUAAGAAAUUUGAACCCUACAGAAGGAUUAUGCAAUGGAACGCGACUCAUUUGCAGGGAGCUAAAGCAGAAUACUAUCUGCGCAGAGAUAGCUUUUGGCCAACAUCGAGGCAAAAGAAUUUUUCUGCCUAAAAUUCCUUUACAAGUUUCUGAUAAUGACAAGAAUGGCUUGCCAUUUAUAAGGACACAAUUUCCUGUCCGUGUCUGUUUUGCUCUGACAAUUAACAAAUUCCAAGGCCAAACACUGGAUUACGUUGGAAUCUACCUUCGCGAGCCAGUUUUUUCUCACGGCCAAUUAUAUGUUGCUUUAUCCAGAGUAAAAAGUUCUGCAGCACUUAAAGUCCUUAUCCUGCCUGGAACUUUUGAUGGCAUAAAAACUGAUUGCAGGACUAGAAAUGUUGUCUUUGAAGAAAUACUCCGACUAACUAAACACUAG